AUGGAUAUAGAAACAAGUUCUGAUCCAACAUUAUUAUUACCGGAUUAUUCAACAAUAUCGGAUAGCAACUUUACACAAAUGUUAUUAACGUUAAUGCCAAAUAUUAUGAAUCAAAAUGAAUUUAUGGAAUUAUUGAACCACAAAGAAAUAUUAAUAUUUAUUCGUGAACUUACAAAAUUGGUCAAUAGAUUCAAUUAUUCUCAAUUACAACAUGAACAAUGGUCUUACUAUUAUAAUCUUGGCAUGACCGAAGGUAUUUGGAAUGGCCGAGUAUCAAAAAAAAUGGCUGAUGCAAAUUCAAUGUGUUACACAUAUGGCCGAUCGAAAAAUUUAAUCAAACAACGUCUUGAUAAAUAUAAACUACAAUAUAAAAAAGCUCAAGAGGCUAUUAAUGAACAUAUGAAAAAAGCACCAAUCAGUAUUGAUAUGCAAAAUCUUACAACUAUGAUAAAUAAUUUAAUCAAUAAAGAUCAAAAUCAAUUACGUCUUGAACUUGAAAGACGAAAAACAAUGCUUCGACUAGAUGCUGAAGAACAUCGACCCGUUGAAAAGUUUUAUGUACUAAAGCCAAGACAAACGGAAAUAAAUUCGGCAAAGAUUAUAUGGAAGGCUAUAAAUGAACGAGAAAACAUAAUCCAUGAAAUUGCUAUAUUUAAGAAAUGGCUUGCAGUUCAUGCACAAGAAUCAACAUACAGUCUUCAUACCGAACAUAUUGCUGAACAAACAAUUACGAAAGCCGAAGAAAUCGUACAACACUAUACCAAAAUAGCCACCAUUGAAAAAAAUAAACUACAAUCAACUAAAUCACAUCAUAAAAAUGCUGAUUUACUCGAACCAAUCAUCCAUGCCAUAUUUCAACGUGUAAAUAAUAUGCAACAACGUCGUGAAAAUGAAUUACAAGCAAUACUUACAAAUAUAUUCAAGCUAACACCUGUUCAACACAUAAAUUACCAAAUCAAACGCCAACAUGACUAA